AUGCGGCUUUUGGCCGUGGUGUCGGGCUUCGUGGCUGGGGCCGCGGCUCAACUAUCCGGAUGGUCAUCGGACCAGGUCAACACCACAAUAUGCUAUUGGGGGCAGCUUCGAGGUAUUAAGCUUUUUCAGAGUGGGGUCAUCUUGACGCUCAACUUUAGCAUACCCUUCAACACGUCGCAGAACAUCUCUGCUCUUUUCGGCCAGCUUAACAAGGGCCCAGAGGGCAGUGGUGCAGGCAACCUUGCGCCCAAUUACGUUGACGGUGCUCUACUCAGCAAUGACCAUGAAAUGUUUCUCUUUGGCGGGGCACUUGCCAACACUGACAGCUAUACGCCGCCGGACGACAAACAGGUCUUUUAUUAUCGGCAAUCUCAGUAUGGCGUCAACAGGACGUUCUUCUCAGGCUUUGGAUUUGUCGAUCUGCCCUCAGGGUCGACGCGCUACAUAACCUACGGUGGUGCAGCUAACGCGCCCUCGGAGAAUAAGGCCUGGUACUUCUCGGGUAUGCGCUCGCCCGACUGGGGGGCCAUAUACCAGACGUCGGCCAAUCAGUCGGUAAAACCUUCGAAUAUAUCCAACACGCUCUUCACACUCGACAUGACCACGCAGCAGGGCGAGUUUUUUGAAAACCGAACGCUGACGGGCUCUGCACGAGGCCGAGCCAGCCCGGAGCUGGUCUGGGUGCCCGUUGGAGAGCAGGGGAUUCUCGUAGCCAUCGGUGGAGUUGUCUAUCCAGAUUUCGUCACCACAGUCCACCAGUCGAGCAACGCAACGGCCAGUAAAGCGCAAAGCCCGGAAUUCAUGACCACAAUCGACGUCUAUGACGUCUUUAACAAGACCUGGUACCAGCAGACGACUACGGGCGGUGGUCCAGGCCAAUUGGCGCUGGCCUGUUCGGUGCUGGCAACGGCAGCGGACGCAUCCAGCUUUAACAUAUACCUGUACGGUGGCUAUGACGGCCUGGCCGCCUUUGACGACUAUAGCGACGAUGUCUGGGUCUUGUCACUGCCGUCUUUCACCUGGACGCAGGUAUUUGCGGGCAAUACAUCGCAUGGCCGUGCCGGCCACCGCUGUUUGCUUCCGUAUCCGGACCAGAUGUUUGUCGUCGGUGGUUCUGCCACCAUGUCUGAAACGGAGCCCUGCGCGGAAGGCGGUAUAUUGCAGGUGUUCAAUCUCUCGUCGACCGAAUGGUUGACCUCGUACAACCCCGAAAAGUGGUCCAACUACACCGUACCAGAUGCCGUCGUCAAGGUUAUCGGGGGCAAUGGACAGGGUGGCGCCACGGCCACAGAGCCGGCUGUGUCCGGUGGUUGGGAUACGGCGGCCCUAGGUGCGGUGUUCUCGACAGCUUACAAGACGUCCAUCCCGACGUACUAUCCUUAUUCGCUAGCCACCACUACGACCAGUGGCACCAACAGCACAUCCACAGCUGUGCCCACACCGAAGGCUACCGGCUCACACGGCAGCAAGGUGCCCUCGUUUCUACCACCGCUUCUCGGGGUCAUCUGUGGCCUUAUGGCGUUGUCGCUGUGUGUCUUGGGCUUUGUCUUGUAUCGCCGGCGGGCUCUGCUGCGGCGCGGCUCUCAAAGCGGUGGUCGUCGGUCCAGCCGAGGCGUUGACGGGGCUAGGAGCGAUGCCACGUACGACACACGAGCUAAUAUGGUCAUAAAUUGGCUAUUGGGCAUUACGAGCGUCAAGCGCUCGCCGACGACAACAGGUGCAUCUGCCUAUAGUGAAACGCUGGAUGGGACUACAGGCAGCCCAAGCUCACCAGAGAUGGAGCAGCUGCACGGCGGGUCACCGCGUGCUUAUCAUGCGUCUGGAAGCAGAAGCGGGACAUCGGAUGGGAGCCGACACCUGGCAGCGGUUGAGGUCCCCGACACUGCGAUCGCCGAGAUGAUGGCCGACACCCAUCAUCCGGUGGCCGAGCUCAGCGGAGAAUCGUCGUCAGCAGGUGCUGCUAGCAGCCGUUUCGGCCGGGGCGAGAAAGUAGUAUCGUUUGUCUCGUCAGCGGCCGAGCUCGAAAGCACAACAGACAGCAGGCGCCACGGCAGAAGGGGUUCUGCAGUUGUGCCUGCAGUUAUUCCUGAGGCUGCAACUGCGCGUCCAGACUCACCUCCCCUUAGCACUGCUGGCCUGGCGAGAGUGUAUCUGCCACCAUCAAGAUCCGGUUCGGUAGGAUUGGCACCAACGCCACCGAUUUCGGCGUCGGCACCCACGCCGUCCUCACCCAGCACAGAGAGCGCAUCGCCGGGUGUGGGAAGCGGCAGUCGUCGACGACAACGCGAGUCUAGCAUAUCGGAGCUCAGCGACUCUGACCGCAGGCACCUGCGGCAAGGCAGCGAGGGUGGCGACUCGGUGAACUCGGGAACGUCUUCGCUUGUGUCGCCAUCGACACCACAAACGGCGGCGGCCAUUCCGGUAUUGGCUGGAGCAGCAACAAUGGGACGGCCACAUCCGAUCCCGGAGGCAGCAGCAGCAGAAGAGGCAGCCGAGGCCGAAACGGCAACAGGGGCAGGUGCAGGGCCACAGACAAAUAUCCCGCCACCAUCCUUGAUAGCACAGCAGUCUGCACCGGUUCCACCAUCUCCGGGUGGCAGUCUGGGAACGUUGCGACGGAGCAUCUUCCGAGAGAGCGAAGAAGACAUGAGUGGAUAG